AGGACUCUUCACUGUAUCCACCUGAGCCACUUAUCUUUCAGUGGGAAGCCAACGAAUGAGGUUAUACACACAUCAGCAUCACCGCAGGUGUAUCCACAGCAGCACUUUGGAAUCUACACAUUUCACCGCAUCGACACCAUACUUGUGCGCACGUAUGAUAGGGGGUGUUGGUGGCCUAUGAAUGGGUCUGAGCGUGCACCCCACCACCACACUUGCCUCUGCACCCGUGGGGACUAUGCGUUGCACAACCCUGAAUGCACUAGCCGGUGGUUUGCGAGAACAGGGAAGGGUGCGGAACGUCGGCAGGGGGUCAAGGGGGGCUCAGCAUGCCCCCUCCCUUCCGCAUCGCUGUGCUGGGGGCGCAGGGUGUGGGCAAGACUGCCAUCGUGCAGCGCUUCCUCCACGAUGACUACAGCGAGGCGCCUGUCCCGGCAACCAGCCGUGCCCGCCAGGUCCACCUGUCGGCUGCCGUGCUCAAUGGCCACGUGCACAACUUGCAGAUCACCGACUAUCCUGCAAUCACCAGCUUCCCCUGCAGCUCACUGCAGGAGUGGACAGACACCUGCUGCAGAGGAAUCCGCAGCGCUCACGUCUACAUCCUGGUCUAUGACAUCUGCUGCUUCGACAGCUUCGAAUACGUCAAGACUAUGCGCCAGCAGAUCCUAGAGACCAGGGUGGUGGGCACAGGUGACACGCCCAUCCUGAUUGUGGGAAACAAACGGGACCUGCAGUGGGGGCGUGUCUUCCCCCGCCAUAACGUGUCCGACCUGGUUAGGAAGAACUGGAAGUGCGGCUACGUGGAGUGUUCAGCUAAGUACAACUGGCACGUGCUGCUGCUGUUCGGGGAGGCUAUGCGCAGUGUGGUCUGUGCCCGCUGCAAACACGUCCAUGCCACCAUUCGCUUUCAACGGGCACUGAGGAAUGAACGCUGCGCCCUCAUGUGAUUUACUCAGUGACGAGGGACGGGCGCCGGAGUGGCAUUGAGGGCCAUUGGUACAGAAAACCUCAUUAGGAACAGCUGAGAAUUAUUGAUGAUCACUGUGACUGACUACCAUGAGUGACCACGUUUCUGCCCAAUGUGAAACUACAGAAUUAAACACCCCUCUGUUUUGCUGCUGAUACAUGACGACAUACAGUGGGGCAAAAAAGUAUUUAGUCAGCCACCAAUUGUGCAAGUUCUCCCACUUAAAAAUAUGAGAGGCCUGUAAUUUUCAUCAUAGGUACACUUCAACUAUGACAGACAAAAUGCCCCACUGUAAGAUGGAGAGUACUACCCUAUCCAUCUUUGUAAAGUGUCUUUGAUCUUUUCUUGACUUGGAGGCAGUUAUACCAACCAAAAUCCGUGGCUGUACAAUUUUGAACUCCUCCAAGUGCACUAAAGAAACUUUCCAGCAUCUGUUGUUUGAUUAACACGGGCGUUGAUCAAUGUAUGACAUUGCUAAUAUCAAAGCCCCCUUUGGAGUGGGACUGAGGCUGGCAUCUGCUGAUGCGGGGACAGGCAGACGGAUCCUUCCCCUCCUGGGGCUCAGUGCAUUCUCUUUCUCUGCACUGAUAUGUCUUGAAGGUGCACAUUUGAGUGUAAAAUCCUUAAAGGCAGCAUUACGAAUUUCAUACCCAACCACUCAAACACUACAAGCACAAACAAAGAACCCAACUGUCAUUCAAUUUAAGCCAAUCGCAAAGGACCCUCUCCUUCACGCCUUCAGAAACCAAAACAAACAACCGUAGGGACACAGUGUCCCACACAGUGUUUAAUCUUCUAAUAGCUUACAAAACACUGACCGUCCUUACCAGAGAACUGUCUCUUUCAUUUACUGAGGACACAUCACUUAGUGAGGAUGGUGAUAUGUUAUUUGGAGUAAUAUCACCAAAUCCAAUCCAACUUUUACGCUCCAACUGCAAACACAACCCUGUACAUCAUAAAUCUACAAUUGUAUAUUCACAUGAUAAGGGUUUUUAACACAAUAUAAUGCGACAAAAUACUUUUGCAAGGCACUGGAUGUAUUGUAUAUAAAGUUGUGUUAUUUGUUUUGUAAAUCUACAAAACAUACUCUAUUGUCAAAGUGGAAGAAGAUAAAUACAAAUUUAGAACAAAAAUAUAGUCAUUGCAUAAGUAUUCAGCCCCUUUGUUUAGGCAAGCCUAAAUUAGUUCAGGAGUAACAUUUGGCUUAACAAAUCACAUAAGAAGUUACAUGGACUCACUGUGUGAAAUAAUAGGGGUUGAUGUGAUUUCUUUAAUGACUAACCCUUCAUCUGUCCUCCAUAUAUACAACAUCUGUAAGGUCCCUCAGUCAAAUGGGUAACAAUAACAAAUCAGACAUUGAAUAUCUCUUUAAGCAUGGUCAAGUUAAUAAUUAUACUGUGGAUUAUGUAUUAAACCACCCAGACUCAAAGACACAGUUAUCCUUCUGAACUGAACCACAGGACAGGAAUGAAACUGCUCAGGGAUGUCACCAUGAGGCCAUUGGGGAUUUUAAAACAGCUACAGAGUUCAAUGGCUGUCAUGGGAGAACGCUCAGGAUGGAUCAACAACAAUAUGACAGUGAAAUGACAGUGAAAAGAAGAAUUCAAGUGUACAGAAUAAAAUACUGGGGAGUUUUUCAGGAUAAAAAGAAACAGGAUGGAGUGUGUUUGCACAGGCAAAAUCCUAGACAAAAACCUGCUUCAGGGCCUCACGAGUGGCGCAGCGGUCUAAGGCACUGCAUUGCAGUGUUGCGGCAUCACUACAGCCUGGGGUUCGAUCCCAGGCUGUGUCACAACCGGCCGCGAGCGGGAGUCCCAUAGGGCAGCGCACAAUUGGACUAGCGUCGUCUGGGUUAGGGGAGGGUUUGGCUAGGAGGGCUUUACUUGGCUCAUCGUGCUCUAGCGACUCCUUGUUGGCGGGCCCGGGCAGCUGCAGGCUGACUUCGGUCGUCAGUUGAACAGUGUUUCCUCCGACACAUUGGUGCAGCUGGCUUCCGGGUUAAGUGAGCGGGUGUUAAGUGCGGCUUGGCAGAUCAUGUUCCGGAGGACGCAUGACUUGACCUUCGCCUCUCUUGACAAGAUCGCAAUCACGAAAUUGGGGAGAAAAAGGUAGUAAAAAUGACAACAACAAGAAAGUGAUAAAAAAAUUCUACCUGCUUCAGUCUGCUUUACACCAGACAGUAGGAGAGGAAUUCCCCUUCCAGUGGGACAAUAACCUACAACACAGGGCCAAAUCUACACUGGAGUUGCUUACCAAGAAGACAGUGAAUAUUCCUGAGUGGCCAAGUUACAGUGAACUUAGGGCCUAGAUUCAAUCAGAUCAAGCGUUAACCGGUGAUAGCAGACACCUGCAUAGCGGAUGUUUUGGCAAUGUCAGAGGUGGAACUACUUUGGAUCAUUCAAAUCUGAGUAGCUGCUCUUGCAAUCAUUGUCACUGAAGUCUGAGAAAGUGUAGGCUAUGUAGAUAUUUUUAUGCUCAAAUUGAAAAAUGAUUAAACAAAAUAAUGAGGAUUUCUAUUAUCCUAAUUGAGGUGUAGAUUACAUCUCACAUACCAGUUUUCCAACUUGUAAACAAGGCUGCAUGGGAUUUCUGUUAAUGCCACUCCAUGCAGCCAAUGACCAUGUCCGCUUUAGGUACAAUGCAGAGAGCCACUUGUGGAUCUGACAUCUAACGCAGUUCCAACACCGUCAAAACAACCGCUAUGUGGAUGUCGGCUAAAGCGGAUUUGAUUGAAUAGAGCCUUAAAUAAGCUUGAAAAUCCAUGGCAAAACUUGAAAAUUGCGGUCUAGACAGAAUUUUGAAAAGAAUAAUGAGCAAAUAUUGCACAAUUCAGGUGUGCAAAGCUCUUAGACUUACCCAAGAAGAUUCACAGCUGUAAUCGAUGCCAAAGGUGUUUCUAACAUGUAAUGCAUUAGGGAGUUGAAUACUUAUGCAACGACUAUAUUUUAGUUAUUACAUUUUUAUAAAUACAUUUUAAUGCCACUUUGUAACACAAUAAAAUGUGAAGGAAUCCAGUCUGAAACUUUUGAAAGGCACUUUGUACCUACAAACACAAGUCAAACCAAACCCCUGAUACCUGCCUGUUAAUAAUGAGAUAUUAUAAAAAGAGGUCUUGUCACGGCCGUUGGAAAAAGAGCACCAAGGUGCUGCGUGGUGAGCGUACAUACUUCUAAUAGUAGAUGUCGCCGACAAAACAAUAAACAAUACAGACACAAACCGUGAUUCUUAAGGCUAUGUGCCAUCAAACAAAGUUAACUUCCCACAAACACAGGUGGGGAAAAAGGGUACCUAAGUAUGGUUCCCAAUCAGAGACAACGAUAGACAGCUGUCCCUGAUUGAGAACCAUACCCGGCCAAAACCUAGAAAUAGAAAAUCAUAGAAACACAAAACAUGGAAUGCCCACCCCAACUCACACCCUGAUCAAACCAAAAUAGAGACAUAAAAAGGAUCUCUAAGGUCAGGGCGUGACAGGUCUAAAUGUAAUUAAAUACUUUAGACAGUUGUUGCCAACAUAUCGGCCUGUUCAGGUUCUCUAAACUGCUAAAUACAGCAAUAAAUACACAUUCCCUGCUUGAAUCCUGGCAACCUUUGAUAAAACAGUAAGCUAGAAUUUGUUUUGGAAUAAGGGGGAAAUAUAGGAUACACUUGUUCCUAGAAGGUUGCAUUCAAUGAAAGGACAAUACUAUUAUGCAGAAUACAAUGCAGAUACUAGCCUACCUGACUAGAACCACUUGUGUAUAAGACAGAGAGUGUUUGAGUGGAACAAGAUUUGUGUAAUACUAUAAGAAGAUUGCUUCAUGAUAUUGACAAACUGCCAAACUGCCAGGUGGCAUAAGUAUUUGAUAUGUGUCUGGGCAAUCACAUUGCUUAAGGAGAGCCUCAAAUGUCUAUAACAGCCCUCGAAAUCAGAACAGCACUGAAUUACUGUCAUGUCCUGUGAUUUUAACGAUCCUCUUCCUAAAUAUAAAAUUACUUUAUAUACUGUAUGCUGAUGAGCACCUGACUGUGUAUGAUUACAAAGAUGAAUGAGAAAUAGCACUGUAUUGAUGUGAAGCUAUAAUUACGAAGGGCACAGACAUCCUAUUCGCUGCUCUGUUUCAUGAUUAUGUCAUAAUAAUUUGAUACUCCACAGGUAGGUCUGUCUGGUUUAUAAUACAUGCUAGAGAAACUCAACCGACUCUAUAAAUCUCAUAAAGACCACUGCCUUGAAUUUACCCCACAGGUCAUAUUGACUUAGAUACUUUCCCCUCCUCCACUGCCUGUAUCAUAUCUUAC